GUUUUAGGAAUCUGACUAAAAUGGUCACAGAUGAGUUGCUUUGGUGUGAACUCCUUCUGACUCCAUGGGGUUCUGUCCUUCAGACCUGAUUCUCCUCCGUUUGGGGAUGAAAUAAUCCUAAUCCCACAGUGAAGCUGCCAUCCUCCAGCACCCCGCUGCUUCUGCGGGCUGCAGUCAAGGCACGAGGACCGGGGUGAAUGUCGCAUUUAGGUAAUUUAAAAAAAAAAAAAAAGUUCCCUAUCUUGACUCCUUCUUGUGCUUAGUGGCGCGUGUGCGCGUUUUGUGCGCAGGGGGGCAGUGUUCGGCCGGUAAUUGGCUCGCGGCUGAGGCGGCUGCUCUGAUUGGUCGAACAUCUGUAUCCAGUUCCAGCGGCUCGUGUCUCUGGACAGAAAGUGGCGUCUCCUCCGGACUCUAAUUGCGCUCGUUCCGCAAACCUCUGCGCCGCGGCGUCAACGACGCUCGUCCCGAAAAGAUGCAGCUUGCUCCGGCGCGGCUCUCCGGCUGACCACGGCGAAUGUCGGCUCUGGCAUGGAGAGGGAAACUUGUGGAGGACGAAAUAAAUGAGUCCGGGCUUUAAAUCCGAAUUCUGGGACGCAUGAGACGCUCCGUCUUUUUGUGAGGGAGGCUUUUUUCCGGGAGCCGUGAAGCCCUCCCCGCUCCGGCCUGCUGUCACAGGAGGACCCUUCGUCUCCAGGAGCCCAGGAGCAGACACAAAGGAGGUCGCCUCACUUUUUUUUUUUUUGCUCCAUUUAUAAGGUGACCGCCGUCAGCAGGGAGGAGGGGCGACGGGAAUAACCGUGCACGCGGAUAGAUGUGGAUUCCGUGAAGAAGAGAGAAGCCGGAGCCCAGCAGCAGAAGCCCGCCCGCCCGUCCGUCCGCCCGCUGCGUCCAUGCACAGCCUGUGCAGGGUCAACAUGCAGUUCCGGACCGUGUUGGACGUGAAAGUUGUGGACGUGGAGAAGAGGCGCACCCCGUCCAAACACUACGUGUAUCUCAUCAAUGUCACAUAUUCUGACAACACGUCCCACAUCAUCUACAGAAGAUACAGCAAGUUCUUUGACCUCCAGAUGCAGAUACUAGACAAGUUCCCAAUCGAGGGAGGGCAAAAAGACCCAAAGAAGAGGAUCAUCCCUUUUCUUCCAGGCAAAAUCCUGUUCCGGAGGAGUCAUGUGCGAGACGUGGCCAUGAAGCGGCUGCGUUUCAUCGAUGACUACUGCCGGGCUCUGGUGCGACUCCCCCCUCUGAUCUCUCAGAGCGAAGAGGUCCUGCGUUUCUUCGAGACAAAGCCUGAUGACAUCAACCCCCCCGUGGAGGACUAUGGGUCCAAGCGCAAGUCUGUGUGGAUGUACGGCUUCACAGACAGCCCCAGAAAAGAGGCCUCAGGGAUUGACAGCUCGGAGCCCAUGGUGCUGGAGCAGUAUGUGGCCGUUGCCAAUUAUGAAAGGCAAGAAAACUCCGAGAUCAACCUGAAAGCCGGCGAGACAGUGGAUGUAAUCGAGAAGAGCGAAAGUGGAUGGUGGUUUGUGAGCACAGCAGAGGAGCAAGGUUGGGUCCCAGCCACGUAUCUGGAGUCCCAGAGUGGAACUAGAGAUGACUCGGAUCUGACCACUUCCAGGACUGGAGAAGUUACUAAGAGACGCAAGGCCCAUCUGAAAAGGCUGGACCGUCGCUGGACCCUCGGUGGUAUGGUAAACCGCCAGCAGAGCAGAGAGGAGAAGUAUAUGACCAUGCAGCCUUAUAGCAGUCAAGGAAAAGAUGAGGUCAGCUUUGAAAAAGGAGUCAUCGUGGAGGUCAUACAGAAGAACCUGGAGGGGUGGUGGUACAUCAGGCACCAAGGAAAAGAAGGCUGGGCCCCGGCUUCAUAUCUGAAGAAAGUUAAAGAAGAUUUCUCCCGUAAGAAAACUUUAACGGGCCCUGUGGAGAUCAUUGGAAACAUCAUGGAGAUAAGCAACCUGCUGCAGAAAAAGUCAGUCAGUGAGAAAGACAUCCAGACAGAUAGCGAUGGGGGUGCCACACCAGAGCGCCACAUUUGCAAGAGCGAGAUCAGCCUACCCAUGCCCUUCAGUGCCGAAAUAAACGCAGAGACAGGCCGGAGGCUAAGUGCGGGACGCGACACCAACAGUCCCUGUCCUGGAAUAAUAGCAGCAGCGAGUGCUGCCCUGAAUGAAAGUAAAAGCAGAGGUGAACCAGGCUCCCCGGCUGUUGCAAGAGUAGCACCGCACCGCGUGGAAAUCGGGUCACCAAACUUAAGGCAAAAACCUCCUCCAAGAAGAGAUACCAACUUGGGUUUUCAGCUACCCAAGCCGCCAGAACCCCCUGCUGUUGAAGCAGAGUAUUACACCAUAGCAGAUUUCCAGUCGUCCAUCUCUGAUGGCAUCAGUUUCCGUGGAGGACAAAAGGCUGAUGUUAUAGAGAAGAACCCUGGUGGUUGGUGGUAUGUACAGAUUGGAGAGAUGGAAGGCUGGGCUCCUUGUUCAUACAUCGACAAACGCAAGAAGCCCAAUCUCAGCCGUCGGACCAGCACACUUACCCGACCCAAAGUCCCACCCCCAGAUCCACCUAUUAAAAAACAGGAGCCUGACGAAGCUCCUCUUCCUCCCAAUACUGUCUCCAACGCCAAAGACCUAGCCAGCAAGCCUGUCUAUGAGGAACCUGAAUAUGAUGUGCCAGCAGUCGGAUGUGAAGGCGAGUUGGACGCAGACUUCCAGAAGAAAGAGCGUUCCCAAGAAACAAAAGCGAGCCAUGUUAUUGGAGAUAAAUACCAUCACUCCCUACCGUCAAGCAAAGCCUCGCUCCCGGUCUGCAAAGCUUCCCCCGUUUUCUCUCACAGGAGAACUUCCUUUAGGUCAGUGGAAGAUGUUGCUAAGGGAGAGUGCAUUUAUGAGAAUGAUGGCUUUAAGCAAAGCAGCAGCAGAACUAAAGUUAAAGGUUCCAGUGAGCCCAACUCUCCGAGAAGCUAUCAUUCUUCCACAGUCCCACGAAAACCUUCAGGGUCUUCUACUUUAGCUGGUAGACCCAUAAAAACAAUGACACCAGAGAUGAAUCAGAAAAGUCAGACCCUGGGCAGACAAGUCAAUAUCAGCCUCAGAUCCCAAGACAGCAGUCCUCCCUCCUCAUCGGAUGAACUGGGUAGAGACCCCAAGAAAAGUCCAGUCUUUAGCAGAGAUGUGGAGCAGAGAAUUGGUCAGAGCCCCUCUACCAGGCCCAAGCCUUCUGUCAGACCAAAACCCCUCCUGACCAAGUCAGAGCCCCAAAGCCCUGAAAGGAUGGAUAUUGCCUCUUUAAGGCGGCAGUUGAGGCCUUCCAGUCAGUAUCGUCGGAGCCUUAAACCUUCUCGUGGGGAUGACUCUGAAACUGCUUCCGUGGUUUCUUCAACAGACUCCAUGACUUCUCGAAGUACCUCUGAUCUGUCCUCAGUUUAUUCCAAAGGGAGUUGUGGGGAUUCAGAUGUGGAAGGUCCCACCCUCUACCGUUCUUUAGAUGUCUAUAAAAAGGUUCAAGACUCUGAAAUUAGCUUUCCUGCUGGGGUGGAGGUUGAAGUUCUGGAGAAACAGGAAAGUGGUUGGUGGUACAUCCGCUGGGGGUCAGAGGAGGGCUGGGCUCCUUCAUACUACCUGGAACCUGUGAGGCCUGUGGGUGACUCUGGUGUAUUAGACUCAGAUGAACAUGGGAAGAUUGGUGGCAAGUCCAACAGCCUGGAGAAGAAUGAGCAGCAUGUUCAGGCCUUGAACAAUAUCAACAUUCAGAGUUUGACUCAGCAGAAUCAAUGUUCGAGGAGAAACUCUCCACCAAUUCCCUCUAAACCUCCCGGAGGCUUCUCUAAACCAUCAGCCAUCAUUAAUGGAGGUGUACGGAUGAGGAAUGGGGUUCGCCAGGUUGCGGUUAGACCUCAGUCUGUAUUUGUGACUACCACACAGCCUGCAAAAGACACGCAUUACAUGACAGGGUCUUUGAGGAGAAACGAAUCCCUUGGUAGGAGUGAUUAUUAUGGCUCUGGUUCUGCCACACUUGGCGUACGUCGAAAUGCCUCCUUCAGCACCGUGCGGCCUCAUGUCGUUGUUGAAAGUCAGACAAGACCCUCAGAACGUUCAACUCUGGGGUCUUCGGGAAGCAACUUCAGCACAAACAAUGUCCAAGAUGCCCUAAGCAGAGUCAACCAACGAAAUGGCAUCCCUGUGUCCACAGUUAGGCCCAAGCCCAUUGAGAGGAGCCAGCUGAUCCACAAUAACCUUGGCAAGGAUGUGUAUGUCUCCAUUGCUGACUACCGCGGUGAUGAGGAGACAAUGGGCUUCACUGAGGGCACCUGUCUGGAGGUUCUUGAGAGAAAUCCUAAUGGGUGGUGGUACUGCCAGGUGCAGGAUAGCCUGCAUCCACGCAAGGGCUGGGUUCCUUCUAACUAUCUAGAGCGCAAGAAAUAGAACCAACCCCACAGAACCUUUUCCCCAUCUUUCCCAAAUCCCACACCCAUGAUGCCUGUUUGACAUCGCUCCCCAAGAAUGUCGAACCCCUCUAAAGCAAUAUGUUAUUGAACUUGUACAUUCAUGUUAGACUAAGUUCUAAACUGAUUAAAAAAAACAACACUUUUGGUGAUGGUUUACUAAAUUGAAUACAAAAGUGUAAACAUUUUAAAUAUGUUGCCUAGGAAAUAGAGAGGGGGAUUUGGUCACCAGAGACAUUUUUUGAGAAGUGUCUGAGGUGGCAGCGAUAACCUCUUAAAGAAGUUUGCAUCUCAUAACACAGAAGUGGAGCUGGGUAAUGGCUUCUUCUGCCGACAGCGAUUUUGACGGCUGAUAAGUGCCUUUUGGAUUUGAUCACCUGAACAGAGGUUUGAAUAGAGGAUGGCAAAACUGAGUCAACCAAAUCUUUUAAGAGUGCCAUAGUCCUUUGAACACCACCACGUUUUACUGGAACCAAUCGAUGAGUCCACUUUGGAUUCCGACUGUUCUGAAGACUAAAGUGACACUUUAGGGUCAACGGCAGAUUUCUCUGUUUAAAGAUACAAUUUUUCCAUGUUCUUGUUUUAGUGUGUUGUGUUGAGUUGAGUUUUCGUUAGAGAAUAAUUUCUGCUUUCUUGUGACAUCAAUUUUCAAGCAGCAGUGAGUUAAAAAAAGUUUAAUUCCUUCCUAUAAUUUUUAUUAUUGCUAUGAGGGAGAGGACGUAUUACAAACAGGCAAACUUAAAAAAAAAGUUUGAAAUGAUCAUAACUCAGGCAUGCAGCUUGAAACUAAAAGCCUUUCAUGACCUAAAAACUACUGAAGUUUACAAAGAGUUUGUGUUUUAAUUUUAUCAUCAUAUUUCUUUUUAGUGGAAAGCUUCUGCUGAGAUGAAAUAUUGGAAAAAAGGUUUGAAAAUGUCAGAAAAUGAAGUCUUACAAUGAACAGCAUCUUGACCACAUUCUUCCAGAAAUUUGAAUAAACCAAAGAAAAUUACAGUGCAAGUAACGAAAAAAAGCAAGAUAAAUGUUUCAGUCCAACUUCCGUUAUGUGGGAUUAAUUUUUUCCAUUAAGGUAAAAAUUCAAUGAUUUUUCAAUUCCUGAAAUGAUUGAUGUUCAAACACACUGAAAUCUAUUUCCUAAAAAACUCUCAUGAUGAUUCUGCUGGACAGCAUUGAUCGAAUAACCUGCAAGAGCAAAGCUCUUCAGCUGUGAUAAAACCAUGUAUGUCUUUUGUUUGCUUCUUUGUUGGUCUGUGAUCACACAAUGGCAAUAAUGAAGAAAGAAGUGGUUCAAAUUUGUGAUUUAGUGCACUUUAAAACCCACAUUUUGGUGCAUUAAUGCAAAGAUGCAGUAACAAAUUAGCUUUUUAUUUAUUAAAGAGUUGUUUAUAAUUAUUAAUCAAUCUUGCAAAUCUAAAUAAUAGUAAAUACGGUAACAUUUGAAAGUCUGAUAAGUUUUUCUUAGGAAGACUUGGCAUCCUCUUGUGGACAAAGACAGGUACUACAGUAGGUUUAUAUAUCAACUCAGCAGUGAGUCUCAUGAAAAGAAAAAAAAACAUCAAGUCUUGGUGCAGAUUAAAGAAAUUUGGUAGCUAAUUUAUGUUUUCAUCUUAGUAUAAUUUCUAUGUUUUUUCUUGCAAUUUUACCAAAUCACUUCCUUCGUCGUUAUUGUUCUUUACAUAAUGCCGGAUUUAAGCAUAUUUAUUAUGAAAAGUUUGCUUCUUAAAACUUUUAAACAUGAAAUUCAUUUUUUAAAAUGAAGCUGAAAAUGGUACAACCCAAGCUUGCUGCCACGACGAAGGCAUUAUGUAAAUGUGCUGAGUCACUCUUGUAUGCUAUACAACCGAUAAAGAAUUAUUUGUGUAGUUGUGUUACUUUUUUACUAGGCUUUGAUUUACGUUGCCAUGUUCUUUGUUGUUGCUUGUUUGUUUUGAUCAAAUUUUGAAAUGUAACCUUGAGGACAUGUGCAAUAGACAAAAGCAAAGAAAGCAGAUUUACUGAUAAGAAAAGUGGGACUGUUGUUGCUCUUUGUGUACAGCAGCAGUAAUUCAUAAAAACGUCACGACAUAUCCAUAUGCGUUUGUCUCGUAGAGGGAGGGGGGGCUUGGCAGCCUCGUUUUGAGGUGUCACGUUUGUGCCUGAAUAGAAAUGGAAAGGCUUCUGGUUUUGGUCUGUAUUGACAUUUGCCUCGCUGUCGACAGUCACUCGCUUUGGCUGCGUUGGCAUUUCGAGACACCAUGACAUCAACAGCGAAGUUCAGAAAGCAACCUGUGAAACGAGUUCUUCAGGCUGUUUUGUUUCAAUCCAUCAGGUUGAAGAGUCGCAUACAGGCCAGGGCUGCUUCAAGUUCAACUAGAAAAAGUUUAAUGCCAUUAUUGUGAUGCAUUUAAAAAGGUCUAAAAUGUUGCUUUUGGCCCCAUAUCUUUGUUUUGCUUUUAGAAUUGUAUUCCUUAUCUGUUGGAUGUCCAUUCAUGUUCAUUUGCAUAGAAUCACCAGGAAGAUUCUCUGUAGUUUUAAAGACAAGGAUUGGGAAGGUGUCAGGAUUGGUGCAAACUUUCACAUUUUGCCUAUAAAAUCAAAGCUAAGGGUCUGAAAAGUCCUGCAAUGAUUUUAUGUUCGUCACGGUUUCCAAUAACCUGAUCAAAAUUCAGACUUAGUCAAGCCAAAGGGGUGAUUGACCAACAUCAAAAACUAGAUUUCACAUGAUUUACAGAUCAACAGGGCCCAAAGCCCAAAAGUAGAUACAGUUACAGGUGUGUUUGACGGACGUUUUAGAGCAGAAUUGCUUAGAGCCUCUUAAGCAUGAACAGCAGCAAACCGCAUCUCAUCUAUAGCAACCGCAGUUUUAAAGGGAUUCAUGUUCAGUUUUUGAUUGAUCCAAACAUAACAUGAUCGUUAGGGAGGGUUCCUAUUAACUUUUUGCUAAAGCUGAGUUAUAGGCAGUCGAAAUAAAGGAAAAAAAGGGACAUGCGGGUGUCAUGAACGAGGGAAGACAGGCUGGCAUGGAGGGGACACUAAGGAGAGAGCUUUGUUCUAAUUGGAGGAAGUCUAAAUGUCUUCCAAAAGAAAAUCCACCAACUUCUUUUCAGUAAAGAGUUUACAAAGUCGGAAGAUUUAAAAAAAUAAAUAAAAAUUUCAAACAACUGAAGUUGAAGAUGCUGUUGGUGGUGUAGGUGGUGCAGUUUCCUCAUUGAUAUGGAAAACAAAUGUUCAACCACACAAAACAACCAAAAACUGCACCAAACUACAACUAGACAUCCUAGUUUGAUCCAAAACUGGUAAAAAUAAAACAUGUGUUUGUCUGAAUCACAUGUAUAAAAGCGAUUUCCUGCAGUUGAAAACUCAAGUUUACUCUAAUUCUUUCCCUGAUGAUUCCAGGAGAGCAGCUGAUGAAUAAGAGCAGAUCAGCGUUUUCAGUUCAUCAUUAAAACUGAGUGCCAAAGCAUGUGGGCAACAAUAUUAAGUCAAUCUGCAGUUUUGUGUGAAAAACCAAAUCGGAUUGUUUCUUUUUCUUCUUCAGAUCCUCUGAAUGUUGAAGGGAUUAUCUUUAUUUUGAAAGAAAUGUGUUCUUUUUUUCUGCCUUACUUUUUGGGUGUUUAUCCAAAAGACAGAUGAAUGUUUCGGAGCUGGAAAGGAACGUUUGAUGGUUUUACAGCAGGUUUUUAGGGUUUGGGUAAUUUAUAGUAUUUGUGAUGAGAAAUUUGAUGAAAGAACAGGUCUAGAUGCUGGCUUUUAUAAAAUGAUGAAUGUUAGAGUGGGGUUGACGUGAGGAGGGAGAGUAAAGCUAUGAAAAGGUUUGAUUCUUUAACACAGAAGGUUUGAGCUCCACCAUCGAUGACUGAAGCCGUUUCUCCAGUCCAAACAUUGCAUUUAUGGACUUUUUUCAUUAUCUUCAUGGAGUACACUUUGCCAAAAGACAACACAAGGAGGCAGAAGUCCUCCAGACCUCUGAAUUGUGACAGGAAACGAGCUUGUUACCAGCAGAUCAACCACAGCAGCAAAUAGGAACACCCACAGACCUUCAGGCGGACCAAAUGAGGUGCUAAUCCUUCAACCUUCUGUGCCGUGAGAAGGCUUCUUCAUCCUCAGUGAUGACUCAUAUGCAAUGUCACCAACGCACCAUCGAACCUCUCUCAGAGUCUGGACUUCUCAUUCUGCACGCGUGCAUUCCCUCUGAGAACAGGGCGGUUUGAUGCCAUUUCAUCUGACCAGUCCUGCUCCCUCUUUUGUAUCUUGUACGUGUUUACAUUGUAUCUCGCAGUGCCCAGAGGACAGAUGGUAUUAAAUGUUAUCUCUGCUGUUUCA